CUGUACUCCAUUAUCUCGAUGUUCCAAUGAGCCUUUGAACCCAACACUCAUUGCAACCUGCCCUGCUGUGCCUGUCCAACAAUCCACGAAUCUUGCACUGCCUUCCUAAGCCGAAAAGUCCUCCAAUCGAACCGCUGCCAUCCCAUCGUUUGAACCUGUCCAAGCUCCAUAAGCUCACAGCCCAUUGCCUCGUUUGUUGCCUUCCACAUACAACCCCCAAAUGGCCGAGGAGUCAUCCAGCGGGGGCUGGAGUACUAUUGAGUCCGACGAGGGUGUCUUCACAUCUUUGAUUGAGCAGCUUGGGGUCAAGGGCGUCCAAUUCGAAGAACUGGUGUCUCUCGACGCAGAUUCAAUACGUGCACUGAGUCCAGUCUACGGCGUGAUAUUCCUCUUCAAAUGGAUUGGAUCCUCAACCGGAGACAAAAGCGCACCUGCAGAUGGGUCGUAUGACCCUGCGGCCGUCGAGGACCACGACCUCUUCUUCGCUGCACAGACUAUCCAAAAUGCUUGUGGUACCCAGGCCAUCCUCUCCGUCAUCCUAAAUAACGACCAAUCUUCCGAACAGACGACCGCCAGCGGGGAGGCGCCACCGCCGAGGAUAGACAUUGGGCCUUCGCUACAAGAGUUCAAAGACUUCACAACAGGAUUCGAUGCCGCUCUCCGCGGAGAGUCGUUGUCAAACUCAGAUUUGAUCAGGGAAACACACAACAGCUUCGCCAAGUCAAGUCCCUUUGCAGACGAAACCCAGCGAGACCCCAAUGCGGGGACAGAAGAUGCAUUCCAUUUCAUUGGUUAUACCGUUCACCAUGGCAAACUGUACGAACUUGAUGGAUUACAACCAUAUCCCAUAUCCCAUGGCGACUGUACGCCGGACGAGUUUCCCGAAAAGAUCAUCCCCGUUCUACAGAGACGUAUCGAGAGAUAUCCUCCCGGCGAAGUGAGGUUCAAUUUGAUGGCUGCGUGUCAAGACCUUCGAGUCAAGGCCCAGGACUUCCAGGACUAUGAGAGCUUAGCACGAGAGAAGCGAAAGCGAGCACAAUGGGACUGGGAGAAUGCUCUGAGACGGCAUAACUUUGUCGGAUUCACCGGUGAGAUCUUGAAAGGAGUGGUUGGCAAGAAGCUCAAGGACGGUACUUAUGAUUCUUGGGUCGAAGAGGCGAAGAAGACCACCGAGAAAAGACUGAGCGAACGAGCAGCCAGGGGUCAGGAAGCUGCUGGUUGAGAAGGGCGGGGUUGGUUCACUCGUGACACACCACUCGAGCCUUUCCCUUUCAUGACGGAAAUUGACCAUGGCCAUCAAGUUAAGAUGUGUCCAUGCUGUAACUCAAUAGGAGUCAUUGUGUAUUAUGACAGCUUGCUACAAUAACAUUGCGACGAGGCCGACCAGGCUAUUCACGUCCAAAGUGACAGUCUGAGGAGAGACAAAACAAAGGGACAGUCUGAGGAGAGACAAAACAAACGGACAGUCUGAGGAGAGACAAAACAAACGGACGAUAGUGUCAUAGGGUACUACUGGUGAUAGUCAGGACAACCACCAGGCGGAGUUGUGAACUGUCAAGAUGAGAUGGCAGUAGUAGACUGUACUCCAAAAGCCGACAUUUUAGAUGAUAGUAUUGUCCACUAGCUGCCAAACAUGUAC